AUGUGCGGAAUCUUCGCCUACCUCAACUUCCUGACGCCGAAGAAGCGAUCGGAAAUUGUGGACAUUUUGGUCCAAGGACUGCAAAGAAUGGAGUACAGAGGGUACGACUCUGCUGGAAUCGCUAUCGACGGAUCCAACGACAUUGAGUCUCCUCAUUCUAAAGUCGCAUUGCUCCGUAAAGCUGGAAAAGUCUCUGUUCUCAAUGACUACAUCAAGGAGAGCUCCGACGAUCUCGACAUGGAUAUGGAGUACAACAUCCACUGUGGUAUUGCACAUACCCGUUGGGCCACUCACGGAUCGCCACGUGAUGUUAACUCUCAUCCACAUCGCAGUAACGACAAGAACGAGUUCCUCGUAGUUCACAACGGUAUCAUUACCAAUUACCGUGAGAUCAAGGAAUAUCUUGAGAAGAAGGGGCACAAGUUCGAGUCGGAAACGGACACUGAAGUCAUUGCCAAGCUUGCCCAACACAUUCAUGACCGCUAUCCUGACUUCUCGUUCCGUCAGUUGGUCGAGACAGUCAUCCAACAAUUGGAAGGAGCAUUUGCUUUGGCCUUCAAGUCGUCUCGUUUCCCUGGGCAACUCGUUGCAUCAAGACGUGGUUCCCCACUUCUCGUUGGAAUCAAGAGUAACUCGAGACUCCAAACCAACCACUUCCCUGUCUCAUUCUCUAAGGGACGUCGUUUCAUGUCCAACCAUGCAACUCACUUGCGCGAUGAGACAUCCUUCGUAGAGACGCCAAACAACAUCUUGGAUCUCUCAAUCGAUUCUCAAGAAGUUUGCAAUUUGCCGGUGCCAGUAGAUGAAGCCCAGAGAAGAUUGUCAGCAUUUAUGAAUUCUUUGAACGCCGUCAGAUCAUCAAAUGGAUCCGCCAAGUUGGAGAUCUCGGAAAGCACAACCGCCGUUCGUCCAUUCGACUCUGCCGACUGGGAAGUUGAAUACUUCGUCGCUUCUGAUGCAGCAGCCAUCAUUGAGCACACCAAGCAAGUUCUUUUCCUCGAGGACGACGACGUCGCUUUCGUUGAAGAUGGUGCCCUCACUAUCCAUCGUAUCUCCCGUCAUGCUGACAAUGGAGAGCAAAAGAGAGAGGUUCAAUUACUCGAGAUGGAGCUUCAAGAAAUCAUGAAGGGAUCUUACAAGACAUACAUGCAAAAGGAGAUCUUUGAGCAACCCGACUCGGUUGUCAACACUAUGCGUGGACGUCUUCUCCCAUCAGGACAGGUCGUGCUCGGUGGAAUCAAGGAAUACCUUCCGGAUAUCAAGCGUUGCCGUCGACUUAUCGUGGUCGCUUGUGGAACAUCUUUCCAUUCUGCCAUUGCUUGUCGUCAAAUUCUCGAGGAACUUUCCGAGCUCCCAGUUGUCGUUGAGCUCGCCUCCGACUUCCUGGAUCGUGAGACACCAAUCUUCCGUGAUGACGUAUGCCUCUUCGUCUCACAAAGUGGAGAGACUGCUGAUACUCUGAUGGCUUUGAGAUACUGUAAGCCACGUGGAGCUCUCACCAUUGGAGUUACCAACACUGUCGGAUCUUCAAUCUGUCGUGAAUCUCACUGCGGAAUCCACAUAAAUGCAGGACCAGAAAUCGGAGUUGCAUCGACUAAGGCCUAUACCUCGCAGAUCAUCUCCCUCCUCAUGUUCGCUCUCACUUUGGCUGAUGAUCGUAUCUCUAUGGAGAAGAGACGUUUGGAAAUCAUCGAUGCACUCAAUGAUCUUCCAAAUCUGAUUCGAGAAGUUCUCCAACUCGACGGAUUGGUUCGUGAGAUCGCCCAGCAAAUCUACAAGGAAAAGUCUCUUCUCAUCAUGGGACGUGGAUUUAACUUCGCCACUUGUCUCGAGGGAGCCCUCAAGAUCAAGGAGCUCUCGUACAUGCACUGCGAAGGAAUCAUGUCCGGUGAAUUGAAGCACGGACCACUUGCCAUGGUUGACGAGUUCCUCAGCAUUUGCAUGGUUGUUUGCAAUGACAACGUCUACAAGAAGUCGCUGAACGCUCUUCAACAAGUUGUUGCCCGCAAGGGAGCUCCAAUCAUCAUUGCUGAUCAGAGUGUUCCAGAGGGAGAUCUCGCUGGAAUGAAACACAUUCUUCGCGUGCCAAAGACCGUCGACUGUGUGCAAAACAUCCUGACCGUCAUCCCACUUCAACUCCUGUCCUACCAUAUCGCCGAGCUCAAUGGAGCCAAUGUUGACCGACCCCGCAACUUGGCCAAGUCGGUGACAGUCGAGUAA